GCGGAGAGCUCGGGUGGGGGCUGGCAGCUUGCAACCCUGCAGCCGCAGGUGGGGCCUGGAGCGGUGGCUGAGGGACCGAGCCCAGGAGCUCCGGAGCCCCGCGCCGGGAGCACUCAGGAUGCCCCGCGGGGACUCCGAGCAGGUGCGCUACUGCGCGCGCUUCUCUUACCUCUGGCUCAAGUUCUCGCUCAUCAUCUACUCCACAGUGUUCUGGCUGAUCGGGGCCCUCGUCCUGUCCGUGGGGAUCUAUGCAGAAGUUGAGCGGCAGAAAUACAAAACCCUCGAGAGUGCCUUUCUGGCCCCAGCCAUCAUCCUCAUCCUCCUGGGAGUCGUCAUGUUCAUCGUCUCCUUCAUCGGGGUGCUGGCGUCCCUCCGAGACAACCUGUGCCUUCUGCAAGCAUUUAUGUAUGUCCUUGGGAUCUGCCUCAUAAUGGAGCUCAUUGGUGGCGUGGUGGCCUUGACCUUCCGGAACCAGACCAUUGGCUUCCUGAAUGACAACAUCCGAAGAGGAAUCGAGAACUACUAUGACGAUCUGGACUUCAAAAACAUCAUGGACUUUGUCCAGAAGCAGUUCAAGUGCUGCGGCGGGGAAGACUACCGAGACUGGAGCAAAAACCAGUACCAUGACUGCAACGCCCCCGGCCCCCUGGCCUGUGGGGUGCCCUACACCUGCUGCAUCAGAAACACGACAGAAGUCGUCAACACCAUGUGCGGCUACAAAACCAUCGACAAGGAGGUAAUGCUUUUUCAGAAUGUCAUCUACGUGCGGGGCUGCACCAACGCUGUGCUCAUCUGGUUCAUGGACAACUACACCAUCAUGGCGGCCAUCCUGCUGGGCAUCCUGCUUCCCCAGUUCCUGGGGGUGCUGCUGACUCUCCUCUACAUCACCCGUGUGGAGGACAUCAUCGCGGAGCACUCGGCCACCGACGGGCUCCUGGGGCCUGGUGCGAAGGCUGACAUGGAGGCAGCGGGCACAGGAUGCUGCCUGUGCUACCCCAACUAGGCCCCAGCCUGGGAUGGUGACUCCCGGAGGACUGUGCCAGGCAGCACCUCUCAGGUCUUGCCAGGGGGCUGGACAGGACUGCAGCCCCUCUGCCCACACAUGGCACUGACCAAAGCCGGGGUGUGUGCUCUAGCACCCCACAUCUGUGGCCACUUCCUCCAGGGGACAAAGCCUGAGCCCCUCCCCUGAGAGGCUUCUUCACAGCCCAUCACUGGGGGCUCUCAGCUCUGGAGUUCUGCCCAGACUGGGGGACAAGAACGUCCCUACUCCAGGCCUUGGGCUCAGGCGGAGGGGGAGCUCAGGACUGCGUUCCUGGCAGUGCCUUGGUCCCUGGGGUGGCCGCCCCUUGGGGGGCAGUUCUGCAGGGUUUGUGUGGGAGAGUGAGGGGAAAGCGUGUGUCCCGAGGGCAGGAAGGGCACACUGGCUGCCCCGCAGUUCCCUGGCCACGCCUCAGAGGCCAGGUGGGGCUGUUGCUCAGUCUCCCAGGUGCCUUGAGCCCUCCGAGGGCUGCUGUUUGCUAUUUUUUAUGUGAUUUUUGCAAUACCCAUGUUUUGUAUACAGUUAACAAGAGUUUCGGACUAAUCAAAGCUGUUGUUUCCCACACCCUUACCCCAUUCUUGCCCCUCCAAGUCAGUUCAUUAAUGAAACAAUAAAGACAUGAUUUUUUUUUUUUU